CAAAAUAUAAAUUUACAUUAUACUUCUGCUGGGCACAUCGAUUGUCUAGGUUCGAAAAGCACAGUAGGAAAAUCCCUGGUGCCAAUCAAGCUUUAAGCACACGUCCCUACCGAAGUACCAGACUGCUCUCAUUCAGUCAUCAUGUCGUUGGCACCGCCCCGCGACACCGAACUGGGGUACACCCCUGCACCAUCGCCCGUGCCCUUUGACUCGCCGAUGCCGUCGCGAUUUGAUCUCGACGUAAACGGCACCAGUUACGCCGCAGUUACCGCAGACGAUAAGUCUGGUGAGACCGAUAAGGACGCUUCCGAGGGUAAUGCAAAGAAGCAAAAGAAAAGCUCGAUGUCGAAGAUGAUGCGUUCGUCGUCGGAUAAGGUCAAGGCAAAUGAAGCCAAAGCCUUCUUGCCGGAUGCGGAGAUUGAGCAGAGUACCAUAUAUCAGCUCAGCAAGCAUUACUUCGUCUUCUAUAGGUUCUUCAAAUGGUUCCAUGACAUCACAGUCGUCGGCGCCGAGCAACUAGAUGGCUCUGGUGGUCUCUUUGUCGGCACGCACACAACGCACAACGCGGAUAUCAUGCUGAACGGAAUAGCGCUUACGGAGGCAACAGGCAUAGUCCUUCGAGGACUAUACCAUCGGCAGAUUAUGAUGUUCAACCCGUGGCUGAGGAAUGUGGGUGGUGUCCCGGGCCAGCGGAAUACGGGUGCCACUUUGAUAAAGCAUGGUUUCUACCCCGGCUGCCUUCCCGGUGGCUCUGAAGAGGCAAUGACUGGACACAAGAACUCGUACAAGCUGCACUGGAAGUCAAAGUCAGGAAACUUGAGACAGGGAUUCGCCCACUUAGCCGUGGCUGUAGGCAAGCCGACUCACAUAUAUCCCAUAUUUUCCCAGAACUCGGAAGAGAUGAGAUUUGUGCCGCUACUGUGGUUGGGCAAUCUGCUCGGCCUUACGAAACUCUGGAGCAUGCUCAUUGAAUUCCUAGCGUUUGCGCCUGUCCUGCAGAACAUCCUCUACAACAUCGGAUCAAUGGUUUGGUUUUUCUGUGCGUACUUCUUCCCCAUCCCCAUCCCCGUGAAGGUGACGCUGCACAUUCUACCAGGAAUCCCCGUGAAGCCAGGAGACGAUCCGGUUGAGAUCGCCAGGAGAGUGCAUGACGAGUUUGAGGGUCACAUAAAGAGACUGCAGCCGUGGGCGCCGGCUAAGAACUAUACGGCCGCUCUGAAAGAUCGUUUUGUGACUGAUGUGAGCCAAAAGAAGAAAGCUUAGACUAAUCUUAGAGGACAACCAAGUUGUAGACUGCAUAGCAAGUAUGAUAUAUCUAGUGCGACCACAGCAAUUGAGCAGCGAGCUCAACGUGUACUCAGACAGGCGCAAGAUUUCAUACUAGUGCAUCAGAUGUGCAUGCCGGAAACUUUCAGACAGAAAAAGGAGCACGAUGUUUAGUUUAGGCAGUUUUUCCCUUUAGUGACUGUAAGUGGCCUGAGAAGAACAUCUUAUACUAUAGCUAUAUUUGCAGUAAUAUGCGCUGGAGAGAUAGCGACACUUGUUCGAUUAAACUUUCUGUAUCUAAAGUCGA